GUAACUUUUAGAACAUAAUGAACACGGACUGACACCAACAGAGAAAACCGAUCAAAGAUUUUCUCCAUUUCUCCGAACUGAAGAUAUUAAUCAAAAGAAUUAAGUAGUGGAGGAUUGGAAUCUGUGAUCGGAAAUCGUAACGAUGCCGCCGAAGAAGAUGGGGGUGAACAGCAAAGCGGAGGCUGCUAGGGCACGGAAGAGCGCCACCGAGGCGGAGCGUAAGGAAAAGGACGCGCGUGAGAAGGAGGAAUACUGGCGUGAAGCGGAGGGAGGGAAGUCACGUGCGGCGAAGAAACGCGAAGAGGAGUCGGAGAAGAAAGCCGAGGCUGCUGCUCGGAAGGCGGAGGUGCGGCGGUUGGCUGAGAUUGAGGAGAAAGAGCUCGAGAAGUCUCUUAAGAAGGUUGAUAAGAAAGCGACUAGGGUUUCGAUACCGGUGCCGAAGGUGACCGAGGCGGAGCUGAUUCGGCGGAAGGAGGAGGAGCAGGCGCAGAUCUUGAAGAAGGCGGAGGAGGAAAAACGAAAGCAGAGUCGGACGGCGAAGGAGGAGGAGUAUGAGAAAAUGGUGCUUGUUGAGAAUACUAAUCGGGAUGAUACAGUAAUCGAGGCUAGGUCAGUGGAGGAAGCGAUUGCACAGAUGUCGGUUGCGGAUAGCUUGCCUGUGGAUAAACAUCCUGAGAAAAGGCUUAAAGCUUCGUUUAAGGCUUUUGAAGAAGCUGAGCUUCCCAAUCUGAAAGCUGAAAAGCCUGGCCUAACUCACACUCAGUAUAAGGACAUGAUAUGGAAGCUAUGGAAAAAAUCUCCUGAUAAUCCACUUAACCAGGUUGCAGAGAAAUAGGUCGCUCAAUUUCAACCGAGAUGCAUUAUAUAUUCCUAAUAGAGAGAGAGAGAGAGAGAGAGAGAGAGAGAGAGAGAGAGAGAGAGAGAGAGAGAGGUUGUGGUUUCAUGUAUAGAGGUGAUCAUUUGUGUAUAAGGUAACACCUAAUUUGGAGGUUUUUUUGCCCCUUUUUGUGCUCCCUUAUGCAUUUGUGAUUGUUGUUCUAAAGUUUAAACACUGGUAUGAUCUUGUAUGAACUUUGAACUCAUAUUUCUCUUCUUUUAAUCAAAGUAAUAAUAAUUUCCUUUGUCCAUCUUUAAACAA